AUGGCGCCUCCAUCCACCUCUUCCCGGCGCUCCGUUCGUCAGCGCCAGCAGCAGCAGCAGCAGCAGCAGCAACAGCAGCAGCAGCAGCAGCAGGAGCGCGAGCAGCUGCUGAACGGUCCCCGUAGGCCUUCACAGCAACGCCAACGACAGCAGCGGCAGCAGCAGGAGCAGCAGCAGGAGCAGAAACGCCAGCAGCAGCAUAGGCAGCAGCAGCAGCAGUCGCAGCAGCAGCUGCAGCAGAGGCAACCGCAGCACCUGCAGCAGCAGCAGCAGCAGCAGCAGCAGCGACAAGCGCGGCGCUGCUGCGCUCGCGUUGAGGCGCUGCAGCUGCUGCAGCAGCUGCUGAAGCAGCUAAACGGCUGCUGCCGUCUUCCUAUCGAUUGGCUGCUGUCUUUUGUCACCGGGCGGAGUCGCUUAGAGCGUUUGCUGCUGUCUCUUACUGCUGCACCAUCCCGCAGCUAUUGCGGUGUAUCAUCAGGUUUUGCUGCUGCUGCUGCUGCUGCAGCAGCAGCAGCAGCAACAGCAGCAACUGCAGCAGAAGCAGCAGCAGCAGCAGCAGCAAGACAAGCAGCAGCAGCAAACAGGUGGCAAGAUAUACCCCGGCGGUUUGUAUUAGGUAGACAGAAGCAGCCGCUGCUGCAGGCGGAGCAGUCUGCUGCUGCUGCUGCUGCAACAGCAGCAGCAGCAGCUGCUGCUGCUGCUCCUUCUGCUGCUGCUGUCGCUCUCAAGCUGCAUCUCUACCUCCGCGACCACAGAACGAAAAACGGAGAGAGUUUGGCGUCAGUGGCGUUGUCUCCGUCGAUUCCCCACGAAGCAGCAGCAGCAUUUGUUGCUGCUGAAGCAUCCAUUGAAGACAGCCAGGCUGUGCUGCUGCUGCAGCAGGGGCUGCUGCAGCUGCGGGAGGCACAGAGGCAGCAGCUGCUGCUGCAGCAGCUGCAGCAGCAGCAGCUCGAUGUCCACUCAAAGGAAACAGAACAGGUACGCCCCAAACCCUCUACAAACCAGCAGCAGCAGCAGCAGCAGCAGCAACAGCAACAGCAGCAGCUGCAGCAGCAACAGCAGCAGCAGCAACAGCAGCAGCAGCAGCAGCAGCAGCAGCAGCAGCAAGAAUAUAUAAAUAUGCGUGUGCUUGCUGCAGAAGCUGUUAUCUGUAUGGCACCUGCUGGAUGGGGGCCCUCCUCCUCCUUCUCUCUCUCACAGUGCCUCUACCCAAAUACACACACAGCAGCAGCAGCAGCAGCAGCAGCAGCAGCAGCAGCAGCAGCAGCAGCAGCAGCAGCAGGAGGGAGCAGCAGCAGCAGCAUCUACGUGGGCAUCUCUGGGUUUUCAGAGUCCUCUGCACACAGCACUGCAGCAGCAGCAGAACUACCCUUCGCUAUCACCCAUGUUAGUGUAACGUCGUGGCUGCUGUCGCUGCUGAACGAGGGAGAGCUGCUGCCUUUUUUUCUCCUCCCCUCGGUGUCUGCUGCUGCAGUGCUGCAGCCUGCUGCAGCAGCAACAGCAGCAGAAGCAGCAGCAGCAGCAGCAGCAGCAAAGGCAAGAGCAGAAGCAGCAAGAACAAUGAAACAUGGUGACGCAGCAGCAACAGCAUCAGCAACAGAUACAGAUGCUGCUGCUGAUGCUGAUGCUGCUGGUGUUUAG